CAGCAAUACAACCACUAGUUGGGAAUCUCCUUCAAGGAUGACAUGAGUGAAGUGAUGAUCUUUGGCCAUCUUUAAUGCCAAUCGAGUUGCGAGCGCUUCGGCCACAUAAGCAAAAGUAUCACCAACAUAACAAGCAAAACCAAAAAUAAAUCUGCCAUAAUUAUUUCGACAAACUCCACCAAUACCCGCAGGACCUGGAUUUCCCAAAGAAGAACCAUCAAAGUUGAUCUUAAGGAAGGGAUUCACCGGAGGAGACCAAGAAAUAUGUAUGGUGUGACACUCUCACGAGGUAAAAUUUGAAGAUCUGAAAUAUUCAGUAGCCAUUUUCCCACUUUGAAUACAAUAAAAGGCGACGAGAAUAGAUCAUUACUAUACAAUGCAGCAUUGAAAGAAGUCCAUAGAUGCCAGAUGAGAGUACCGAAAUAAGAGCAAAUCCACGCUCUAGUAUUGACCUGAAUAUUUAAAGUAAAUCAACUGGAAAACCAUUGUUGAAUUGAUGUAUUAGAAGUUGGAAUAGAAGCAAUUCUUGAUAAUUGCCAUACUUCAGAAGGCCGAGGACAAUUGAUAAAUAUAUGUUGAGUAUUCGCAAGAUAGAGGGAGCAAAAUGGACAUGCAGCAUUAAUAUUAACUCCUCUAUUACAUAAGAGAGUAAGAUGAGGAUAGAGUCCUGUAACAAAUUCCAAAGAAAAAGAUCUAAUUUUAAGAGCACAUUGUAAAUGCCAAAGCUUCAACCAUAUGGGAUUGAUAACUUGAUCAUCAGCAUCAAGAGUAAACCUAUAGGCUGAUGCCACCGAGAAUUUUCCUUCAGCUGUUGGAGACUAAAUAAAUGCAUCUUCAACCUCAAAAAGAGGAAUGAGUAUAGAUAAAAUUGAUUGAGCAAUAUCAUCCGGCCACCAAUGAAAAAUUAAAUCUGAAUUCCACUCUUUAACAUCUGCAAGGAUAAUAUUAGCCACAGUGAUAGGAGCUUAUAAGGGUAACAGAUAUGGAGCCAAAGGAGGAAGGAAACUAGGAAUCCAAUAAUCGGACCAAGGAUUUAUUUUACGACCGUUUUCCACUCUCCAAAAGAGACCUUUGAGCAAGAGAGAUCGUCCUUUCAAAAUAGAGGACCAGCCCCAAGAACAAGACAUAUAAUGUUGUGGAAGAGCAAAUAAAAUUGAAUGGAUAUAAACUUAUCUUCCAGUUUGACUAAGAAGUUUAGAUUACUAAAUGCUCAACUGAAGAUCAACUCUAUUGAGCAAUUCAGUACAUGCAAUCUUCCUAAGCUUUCCAUGAAAAUGAGGAACUCCAAGAUCAAAAGAUUUGACUGGAGAAAAUUAGAUUGAAAGACACGCAAAAACAUCUUAUAUUCCUCUGCGCCUACACACAGAGGCACGCACUCUCAAAGACAGGCACGAUGGUCUCUCGCGGAUAGGAAACAUUGUACCAUUCCUAUAUUCCUCCUCUCAUCCUGCCCUAUCAUCAGUGAGUCUCCCCGCAUGCUGCAUAUCCUUUUCUUUCUUCCUCUGUUCUUACACUCUCCUCCCCUGUAAUCCUCGACUCCAUCAUUUCCUUUUCCCAAUUUUUUUGGUAAAAAUUUCUUUCUUCCCAAAUGAGUUACUCGUUUAAGCUCCCAUUCCCUGUGUUGAUCAACACCAUCAUUCUCCUUCUCCUCCUUAUCACCACCGUAAUCCAAGAAGCCAAAGCACUGAACCCAAAAUUUGAAGCUUUCAGACCUCAGAGCUGCGGCGGGGGACCCAAUAUAAGCUACCCGUUCUGGACUCCUCUCAUCCAAAAACCUUUCUCCGGCCACCCAGGUUUCAAGAUAACCUGCUUUGGCAACAAACCAGGUCUCAUGAUUUCCGGCGACAACCACAAAUACCACAUCAGAAACAUCUUCUACCCUAACAAAUCCCUUCUUUUGGUCAACGCCGAGGCAGUACGGGACGAUUGCCAUCUUCCGCGGCAUAAUCUUACCCUCAAUGGCACUCCAUUCAGCGUCGCCCACACAUCGGUCAAUCUCUUCUUCUUCUAUAACUGUUCUAGAUCGAUUCCCUCUGCAUAUCAUUCCUUCACUUUCAAUGUUACUUGUGCAAGCAAGGUCACUGGAACUCACUCGUUCGCCGUAUUCGAGCACCAUUUGGGUUUGCCCAAUAUGAAAUAUUCUCUUCAGACAUGCAAAUCGACAGUGAGCGUGCCCAUAGAGAUUUAUGGUACCAAAAAUUCUAGGGUUAUAGUAGGAGGGAAGAACUACUCGGAUUUGUUAAGAAGAGGGUUUCAGUUGAAAUGGAGUGUAAGUAGUAAUUGCAGUCAAUGCGAAGCAAGUGGUGGUCGCUGCGGAUAUUACCGGAACAUGUUCUGGUGCUUUUGCCCCAGUGGAGCCAGUGGCCAAAACUGUACUGGUGUUCCUGUUUCAGUGAUCACUCUGAAUUGGCGAAGUAAGCUUGCAAUAGGAUCAAGCUGUAUAGUUGGGACGACGUUAAUGACAAUUCUUGUGCACUACAGAUGGAAAUUAUCAUUAAGUGGAUUGAUGUCAUUUUGGAAGAAAAGAACAAGAAACAUUCAAAAUUUUGAGGGUAACACUCAAAAUGUUGAAGCUUUUCUAAGGAAUUAUGGAACUCUAGCACCAAAAAGAUACAAUUAUUCAGACAUCAAGAAAAUCACGAGUUCGUUUAAAGAAAAAUUGGGCCAAGGAGGGUAUGGUAGUGUAUUCAAAGGGAAGCUACCCGAUGGUCGUUUGGUUGCAGUAAAAAUCCUGAACAACCCUAAAGGUAAUGGUGAGGAGUUUAUUAACGAAGUUGCAAGCAUCAGUAAGACUUCACAUGUUAAUAUUGUCACUUUCUUUGGUUUUUGUUUUGAUGGCUCAAAAAGGGCACUUAUCUAUGAGUUCAUGUCCAAUGGAUCUCUUGAGAAGUUCAUCUAUGACAAGAAAUUAGUGAAAAUAUGCCCUCACCUUGGUUGGGAUAAACUACAUCAAAUUGCAUUUGGCAUUGCGCAGGGAUUAGAGUAUUUACAUAGUGGUUGCAAUACUCGUAUUCUACAUUUUGACAUAAAACCUCAUAACAUUCUUUUGGAUGAAGACUUUUGUCCAAAAAUAUCUGACUUUGGUCAUGCUAAACAAUGCCCUGGAAAAGAUAGUAUCAUAUCAAUGGCAGAUGCUAGAGGGACAGUUGGAUAUAUUGCACCAGAAGUGUUUUCUCAAAACUUUGGAGGAGUUUCACACAAGUCAGAUGUCUAUAGCUAUGGAAUGAUGGUACUAGAAAUGGUUGGAGGACGAAGCAACAUCGAUGCGGGGUUUGAUCACACUAGUGAGAUUUAUUUUCCACAUUGGAUGUAUGAGCAUAUUGGACAAAGUGAGUACCUAAAAUUAGACAUGAUUACGAAGGAAGAGGAAGAAGAAAAAGCCAGGAAGAUGGUUUUAGUGGGUUUAUGGUGCAUAAAUGUGGAUCCAGUAAAUCGACCAUCAAUGAAUAGAGUGGUGGAUAUGUUAAAAGGAAACCUUGAAUCUUUGCCAAUCCCUCCCAAGCCUUUUUUAUCUUCUCCUCUUGAGAUAACUAGCUGAUUUUACUGGAUCAAUAUCUUAAAUUAAUUGUUUAUAUAUAUAUGCCCUGUAGAUGACAUUCUUCAUAUCCCAAAUGAAUGUGUGUUUUUCAUAUUCUUUC